AUGGAAUGGUCGAUUACUGACCCGAUCGUAUUGACCAACUUCGCGCUGGCGAUCACUAGAUCUCGUAUCGCCCCCGGUCGCUUGCAGAACCAACAGUCGGCAAUAUGGUGCCAGAGCAGGAGUUCGGCAAACUUGAACUCCAUCGCCUGGAUUCACUUGAUAUCGCAAGAGCCCUUUCUCGAGAUGGCAACGUCAAAACCCAAUGUGCGAAGCCUCAGUCAAUGGCACUGCCGUGUGCGGCCGGGUUAUGCAGCUUGCAAGAGUGAAUGCGUGACUAUUCUACUAUGUAUCAUCCAAAUGGGUUGGUUUCAAAGCGUGAGUCUAUUAUCAGAAUUGUAUGCUUACUUUUGGGCUGUACUAUCCUUCUUGUUCCCAAAUUCAUGCUUCAUUCUGGCUACUCUUUACCAUUGCGCGCGCAAGCACCCACCAAGGUCGACACAUACAUCUAUUCAGGGCUGA